GACCAGCUGGUUGAUGACUUGUUUGAAGAGGAUUACCUGGAUGAUUGUGACUUGGAGGAGUGUGAGCACUAUGAGGACACACCUGAGCAGGAUCCAGAAGUCCUGGAAGACACUCCAGAAAAUCUAUUGCAGGUUUUGGAGGACCGACAGUCGUUGAUCGUCAAUUUGCAGAAGGUCAUGGCAGAGCAGCCAGAAGAGCUACCAGGUGCGCUGCCAGAGACCUCCAAGGAUGUGGAUGACCAAGAUGAUGCACCGCUUCCUGUGAAAGCCGUAGGGAGUUUCGAGGACAUUCUUGCAGCUGUGGGAAAGUCUCCGCACUUUUGUGAAUCCAGCAAGACCUUUGCCACCGGAUGCAUGCAGCGUCUUCGUGAUUUGGUCGGGUCCAAGACGCAAGUGCAGGGCGUGCGCACCAAUGAAAACAUGUAUAACAUCUUGACAUCUCAACUAUGCAGAACACGUCAGUUCAACCGCCAUACGGCGGCGCGUGGAGGACGCAUGUACAAUUGGUUUGCUGCACAACAAAGCCUCGUUGAGAAGGUCGCAGAUGAGCCCGGUGAUGGCCCGCAAGCAGUUCUGUCCUCCAGUGUGUUCCGACCAAUAUGCAGCAAGGAGCCGCAGUUACUUCUCGUGAAGGACAUCCAGGGCGGGAUCAUGCGCUUCGAGGUCAUGGUGUGCUUCAGCGUGUUUCGAGGCGCUGUGGCUCGUGAGCCGGGCGCCAGCCGGCGUCUACGGGUCACGAAGAACUUGGGCAUCAACGCCCCAGCUGAGGCAGUUGCCCGGAUCUUGGUGCUCUAUCUUGAAUGGGUGCCACCGAACAAGGAGACUUGCACUGUACAGAGAGAAGACCUGGGUGAGAUGAAGCAGCGUGGCUUCUAUGUGACCUCUACCAUGGCACGGAGCAAGCUGGUCACACCUUUGGAUGAAGUCCUAGGUGAGAUCCCCAUUGAGGAGUGGGGCACUCGAAACGGCUGCUGCUACUUUGCACUACCGGAGAAAACCAUGGAGUUCUUGCGGGAGGUGGAGGAGGGCGAGAUAAAUCCUAUGACGUUUUUCUUGCCAAAGAAGAAGGAGAACGAAAAGCAGGUGGUUUCUACUUCUGAGAAGCAGGAUU